AUGUCUUUCGAUAUGGAUUGGUCCCCCGACUUCUGCCUCGCCUGCGACAAGCAGACGGACGGCAACGUCUACUGCUCUGAAGCCUGCCGUCUGGCAGAGUACGAGAAGGCCUCGUCGGCAGGCUCUGCAGCAUCCUCUCCCAUCCUCCCUCGCGGUCCCGUUUCGUGGCCCACAAGAUCGUCGAACAAUGGCUUCUACAUGGAGCCAGCAUACAACUUCAGCAAGGCACAACCCUAUGGCACAACUCCUUCACGGUCCCUCGAUUUCUACCAACCCUCACGACCGCAAUCAUCUCCUGUGCCCUUUGCCUCGAGGGGCGCCUUGACCCCUUCGAGUUCCCAAUCAAGUCUCUUCUCGAUGCAGAGCUCGACCUCCACGGCCUCGGAACCAGCCCAGCUCUCCGAUGAGUCGAGGAAGGCAUUAAGGGCGUACGCCAGCUCUUUCGACCAGUCUCGCUAUUCGAGACGCCAGUCUACUCAUUAA